GAGCCACGACCACCGAGUGUACACGUUCGAGUGCUCAGUUCGCUCCUUCCCAGGCCUCUCACUCACACUCUCGGAUUUUUUCUUCGCUUUCGACUUUCCUCUCUCUCCCUCUCUCUCUCUCUCUCUCCGGUCUCCAGUUAUCGACACAACACGUGCGUCGACCAGACGGAGAGACAGUUUACGAGAAGAUACAGCGAUACGCAAACGUGCGCGUGAUCUUCGCCAGUGAGGAUAACGGUGCGACGACGAGAACAGACUCUCCGGGGUUCGCUUAGUGUGUCAUGACACUGGUGGCCCUUCUGCAGGAGAGCAGAGACAUCGACAGAUUCACCGGAGCCAAGCAGCAGCAGCACCUCGUCUCCAUGAUGCUGAGCGUACAGCCCCAGGCCCAGCAGCAGCAGCUCUACCACGUAGCCCACCGCGGCAACGUUAUCGUCAGCGCCAACAACAACAACAACAACAACGACAGCAAGAUGCAGCAGGUACAGCAACAGCAGCAGCAGUCGGCAGCCCAGAAGCGCAAGAUGUACGCGCAAGCGACCCCCUACAGCGGCAGCGGUAACGGCCAGGCGGCGCACCAGCCGGCCUCCGUCGCCAGGAGGAACGCUCGCGAGAGGAACCGCGUGAAGCAGGUGAACAACGGUUUCGCGACCCUCAGACAGCACAUCCCCCAGAGUCUGGCCCAGGCUCUCGGCAACAACACCGCCGGCACCCAGGGCGGCGCUCGCGCCGGCAGCAAGAAGCUCUCCAAGGUCGAGACCCUGCGCAUGGCCGUCGAGUAUAUCCGCAACUUGAAGCAGCUCCUCGACGAGAAUGACUCCGAGGGCGGCAGCAGCAGCUCCGGCUCGCCAUCGCCCCUCAUGCAGGCCAGCAGCCCGGCCCAGUCCGUCCACAUGAAGCACCAGCAGCCCGAGCUCGUCAAGUUCGAGCUCAAGUCCGAGAGCGGCGACGACGAGCUGCCCGACAUGCAGCAGCACCACUACCAGCACCAGCACCUCCAGUACAUGCCCCAGCAGCAGCAGCAGCAGUACCAGCAGCUCCAGAGGCAGCAGAGCACCUCGCCGGUCUACAACAUCCCGACGCCCUGCUCCGAGGCCUCCAGCUCGCCCACCCCCAGCUUCGUGUCCGAGGCCUCCUCGACCGGGGGCAGCCAGGGCUACGGCACCAACUUCACCGCUAUCACCUACUCGACGCACCAGGACGGCUACGACGGCUAUGAGCCCAUGAGCCCCGAGGACGAGGAGCUGCUCGACUACAUCUCCAUGUGGCAGCAGGGACAGUAGAGGCCGCGCAUUCGAGAUCCGGACUGGAAAUUCUGAUCGAGAACCAAGCCGCUCCGACUUCUGCACAUGAAGGCAGAACGCAAAAGCGGAGCAAAAAAGAAGCAGCGACUACGCUAUGUGUCGGCGGAAAUGAAUCCACCGAUCGUCCGGCGGACCUUCGAUGCGAUCUAGUCAGUGUACGCGGUAGAGUCGUACGGAGUUGCGUGUAUAAAGCAGGAGGAAAUCAUACGUUCAUGUGUUUCACUCUGACUGUAUACAAUAUUCAAAGGCCAUAUCUUCUGCGCAUUAAAGAUGCGCGUGUAAAUGAUAAUAUAUUAUUUAUAUGAGUCUAGCUGUAAUUUGCACCGAGAAUCGAUUCGAUUCACUUAACUUAUCUUAUCACUCAUACCUCACACACCGAGAAGUACCGUGUCGCAACUUGACGAAAAUAAGAAGGAGAAGAAGAUGACGAUAAUGAGAAGCCGAAACUCGAUUCUCGGUUGCAAGCGUAUACUACCAUGUACAUAAUUUUCAUGUAUCGCUCGAUAUACUUGUCGCGCGCGCUCGAGAGCGCAUCUUCAUCGCAUUGUAUGGUAAUAAAAUAUAAGAGAGCGGGGACAAAACGGAGAAGGAGAGAAAGAAAUAUAGAACGAUGCCGCAAGUCUUUCGCUGGGUGCGCACCCGAUCUUCGAGUAUAGGAUGAAUUAUUAUUGUAAACGGCGUGCCUUAUACCUGCGUAGAUGCUACUCUGCGACGAACUUACUUUUUGGCUGUAAUAUGGACUUGUACAUAUAUUCUUAUAUAUCGAUCAAAAGAUCACUCGUUACUACAUUAAAUAAGAGGUUAUAUAAUAUAAAUUAAA